UUGGUGAAUGGUAUAGCUUUAAAAAAACUACCUGAACAAAAUCAUAUCUUUGAAAAUGGUCCCAUGACUGACAAAGUACAGGGAAGGAUUUUUGGAGGCGAGGAAGUGGACUCUAUAAUCCAGUUUCCUUUCGUAGUACAAGUGACCACAACACUAACAUUUUGUUCAGGCGUCAUUAUUAGCGAGAACUACAUUUUAACUACAGCUCAGUGCAUUUAUUUUAAUCAGGAUCCCAUUGAGGUUAGAGCUGGCAGCGUAGUCCGUGGUGAGGGAUUUCUCAUACCGAUCGCCGAAGCGGUCUAUCAUCCGGAUAACUCUUUCAGUACAGACUACGACAUUGCAUAUAUGAGGACAGAGACACCUCUUGUCUUCGGCGAAGAUAUGGAGCCGGGCGUGUUGGUCAUGACCCGAGACAGAACGCCUAUAUUAUUCAACGUUACCGGUUGGGGGAAAAGGGGAAAUGAGAUAUCAAACGAGCGUUAUAAUGUACUCAGGACAUUACGUCUGCUAACUGUAAGCAAACGUUAUUGUGAAAGUGAAUACCGGGAACGCAGCCCGGUAAAAGAGAAUCUCGGCAUGACCACGUUUUGCGGGGAAGCGUUUGACUCGGAAGGAGGGGCUUGUGACGGUGAUGCCGGUAGUCCAGCAAGUGUUGGAUAUUUGAUAUAUGGACUUUUCAGCUUCUCUCUUGAAUGUAAAGGACCUACCGUGGCUCCCAGCGUCUUUACUGACCUCCAAGACAUCGAAAUCCGUGAGUUUAUCACAGAAGGUACAGGAGUAGAGUAUGAGAAUCAUUAA